GGAGACAUGCGCUUUUAUACGCAAAUAAAAUUUCAAUAUUUUAGCCAACACGAAAAAAUAGCAACUACAAUAUUAUAAAUCAGACGCACAUAACGCGGAUACUAGCAAAUAACACAUAAAUGGCAGCAUUUUCUUAUUGUUAUUUUUGUAUCCACGCCGCCGCUACAUAAUUUUACCUAUACUUAUUUUCGCAUUAUGAAUUUUGUACAUUAUCGACUAAAACCAUGGAGACAUGUGCCAGGUCUGGACGACGGGCGCAUUAGCAUCACAGACACCAAACUCCGGCCCGUAGUCGUAGAGCGCCUACUUUACAACGUUCGGCUGCUCAUCAUAUACAGCAUGCUUUUGUGGUUUGCGCUAUCCGCGUAUCUGGGCAGCAUGUACAUGAUGCUGCGGCACUCGCACAACAUUCGUUUAAAAAUAAUAAAUCUUGACAACGGUGCCAUGGGCCAGCAAAUUGUAGAUAUAAUAUUGCGCCAAAACGCCCUUCAGCAAUUGCAACCGACAGCUGCCGACCAGGUGCAGUGGGAGGAGCACCGUGGCCAGCUAAACUCGCUGGACAGAUGCACAGAGCUUGUGCGCAAGCAUGAGUGGGGCGCCAUUGUUGUUAGCUCAGGGCUACAGCGCAGGCUCGAGCAAGCACUUGGUAAAACGACGCAGUUAAACCGCACCCUAGCUUAUGAUCCGAGCGCCGCUUUGUUCGUAGUGGUGUCUACGGGCAGGAACCCAAUUCCCAUCAGCAGAUAUGUGCAGCCGGCACUUGGUGCCAUGGCACAUCAUGUUGCCAAUGAGUUUGCCACCCAGCAACUUGCUUCAUUGUUAAAACGGAAUAUUGACGUCAACUUGGCCGAUCCCAUUGCACUGGUGACCCCCAUAUGGUAUACGUCAAAAGAAGCAUCGCCAAUGUCCUUUGGAAUUGCACCAAUUGCGCCGACUUUUGCCAUAUUUGUGUCUAUUGCCUGCUCCAUUGCCAUCCAUACCUUGCUCAAGCUCUGUUCCGUCGACUUCAUCAACAAGGUCAAUCUCCGACAUUUGGCUGUGACAUUCCACGUGUUCAUGUUUGCGUGGAGUUCACUGCUCGGACUUUUCUGCACAUUGGCUGUUGUUGCAUUUCGCGGGCCAUAUUACAACACACAUCACUUGGGGUUGCCGAUAAACGCAGGCCGGUUUUUUGCGCUUUUUGCUACGUUUAGUUUGGCUAUUUUGGCCAGCUCUCAGUGGCUAUUCUUUUGGAUUACGCUGCUGCCUCCCGACCUCGUGCCUAUAUCGCUCGUGUGUCUAAUCGUUCCAAGUUCAGCUGCAGGCACUGUGUCAAUAGACUUGUUACCCACUGGACUGCGCUGGAUGACAGUGCUGCCAUCGCAUAAUUGUGCUAUGCUUUUCCGGCACAUAACUAGUGGAGCGUACCCCCAGGUCGGCCAAAAUGUGGGCAUUAUUGUCGGCGAAAUUAUAAUCAUGUUUAUAUUAAACACCCUGGCUGUGAUGCUCCGCCAGUACUGGAUUAUGUCGGGGCUUAUUGACUGCAUAGGCUGGUUCAAAACUAGCAUCUUUUUUAAACCGUUGCCCAAAACAAUAUCCAAUGAGCUUGCAAUUGGUAUUGUGUUUCCCGAGUGCUCGCGCUCGCCGGCAUUUUGUGAUUCUGAAAGCGUUGUCUCGAAUUCGUCGACUACACAAUCACACCAUGCUAUAAGCGUUAUUGACCUCACUAUGCCCACUAAGAGCAUCAAAUUUACACUCUAUACCACUUAACACUUGACAAAUGUAUUUUCUUUAUAAC